CUCCUAGUCUUUGCAGAAUGCUCUCUUAACACACCACCAGCAGCAAAUAAUUAUUUGCCUGGGCCGGUAUUGCUUUCUAGCCCCUCUCUGCUUCCUUCACCCAUAAUAUCCCACUGGGUUAUGAUAGCUAAGAUUCAGUCCCCAACUCCUUUAUGUACCCUCUCCAAGCCUCAGUUUUCUCAUCUAUAAAAUGAAGUAAUACCUACCUCGCUGGGCUGGAGUGACAUUAAAUGAGAAGGUAUGUCUUAUGUAUAGUUCCUGACAUUCAAAAAGUGUAAAAUAAACAUGAGUUCAUGGAUCUUGCCUUCUGAUUCCUAGCUUCUCAAAAAGUAUAGUGGCUGAGCUGGCAUCUUUUGGAUUUCCACAGAUUUUUAAGCAACGGUUCUGAGCAGGACCAGGGGAUAAUCAAGGUGAUGUCUUCCCCCAGACUCAUUCCCACGUGGAAGGAUUUUAAAUACCUCAUAAAUGACAUACAAAAGAGCAAGCAAACUGUAGAAGACCCAAAGAGUGACAUAGUUGUGCUGAGUGACCGGUCCCAGAUACUAUUCAAAGAGUCUCGCCAUCCUCAGAAUAUGCCACUUAUAUGCUAUUACUUCAGUGAUGCCAACUUCUUUGCCUCCCUCGCAUGGGUGACAAGCACAAAAGAAACACAGGCUGUAGUAUGGAUGAAGAGCAAAACUGAGGACAUGGUCGAGAAGAGAACAUUCCUCAUGACUGAACGAUUGCCACCCAUCCACUGUAUGGCACACACAGGUCCCUUUCAUAUUCUUGUGGCCUACUGCGGUGACCUGCUUCUGCGGCUCUUUGGUGACCACUUUCGGUCAUUCAAACCCCUGGGUAUAGUGCCCUGCCGCUUUAACAUCAACUGCCUCUGCUAUGACCCGGAAAUGAAGAUGCUUUUGUCGGGCAUCCUGGGGGCAGUGGUCACCUGGACCAUUGAGCAAAGUGGCAAGGGCCUCCAAAUAGCCCACAUGGUUUCCAUGCCUGGUGAUGAACUCGUCCAGGACAUCGUGUUGAAUGGCCCCAAUGGCUCCCUCUUAGCCCUGUGUGAGACUGUGGUGAGGGUCCUUGAGCACCAAGGCCUGAGCCAGCUGGGAGAGGUGAAGAGGUUCACUUCUACCACUAGUGGCUCCUCUAUUACCUGCUGCUUCACCUGUUUUGAUCAGGGCUUCCUCUAUGCUGGAAACAGGGAUGGGGACAUCCAAGUAUGGACCCUCAGUCAGAGCCACUCUCUCCACAGUUUCAAGGCCCAUUCCUCAUCAGUGAUAUGUAUUUGCAGUCGGCCAGAAGCCCACACCCUGCUAACAGCUGGCAAGGAGGGUUUAAUUAAGGAGUGGAACCUUACUUCUGGGACCCUGCUGAGGCAACUAGAACUUGGCGAGGAAUUGCAUCGACUUCAGUUUAUUGAUAACAUUACUUUCUUCUGCCAAACUGCCCAUACUUUCUCCUUGCGCCGUCUGCCCUGCUUCUAUAGCCUCUUCAAUGUCUGUGGUUGUGCUCCAGAGCAGGUGCGUCGGGUCCACUGUGGUAAUAACUGGUUCCGGAUCCUAUGCACUACUGAAGAUGGCUUAUUGCGCUUUGUGUCCCCACUAACAGGGGAUCUUCUGGUUUUCACCUGGCCCUUCUCAAUCUUGGACCAGGCUGUAGACUGGGCCUAUGACCCAGAUAAAGAGGAGCUCUUUGUAGCAACAGGGGGCUCAGACGUGCUGGUCUUUGACACAACCCGCUGCCCUUGCCCAGCCAAGUAUCUUUUAUGCACCUCACCAGAUUCUCAGGACUCAAUACAAUGCAUGGCCUAUGGGCAUUUCCACCUGGGUCGGGGUCUAGAAGGACUGAUGUUUUCUGGACACCAGAGUGGUAUGAUAAGAGUACUUUCCCAGGACAGCUGUGCCCGAAUAGAGAAAUUCAUGCACUUUGGGGCUGUAUUGGCCCUUUCUACUCUGUCUAGAGGGCUUGUAGGUAACCGAGAAAACUCUUUGCUCUGUUCCUAUGGAAUGGAUGACUACAUACACCUAUCAGAAGCUGUGCUUGACAGGGCCAGAGUACAUCUGCGGCCUCUAGCCAGCAUUCUCAGCAGCUGUCACCUAAAACACCUGAUACUCCUGCCAAAGUCUGUGGGUGCCAUCACAGAGACUAACUGCCUGCGUCUGUGGAAAUUCCCUGAUUUUCUGCCCUCUGAGAGACAGGCAAAGUAUAUAGAGACGCUACCUCUGCACCAGUGUCCCAUUACAUCCUUUGAUGUAUGCCUGACCUUGAGUCUUUUUGUCACAGGUGGUAGUGAUGGCUCUGUCCGGAUCUGGAACUUCCAUGGUAAACUUAUAGCCAUGCUGGACUCAUCACUGCAUUUUGGCCCACUCUGCUUUGCAAAUGACCGGGGUGACCUGAUUGUGACUUUCAACCAGAGUCUUUAUCUGGUAUCCUGUUUAAACCUGCUUCCCCCAACCCUGCUAGUUCGCCUCUCCUUUAUGAGCAUGACAGAUGACGUGUUAGAAACUCCUAAGCCUUUCAUACCAGGUUUCUUCUUCUCCUUUGAGACCUUGUUUGUGCCCAAGUAUAUCUACCUUGGAAAAGGACAACAGGAAUUAGUGGGUCUGGAGAAACUUGUCAAUAGGCGGGCCAUUGCCUUUGACCAUACUGUGCCUCAUGUCAUAGAAGAUGAUGAGCAAGGGAGCCCUAUAUUACUGUCUGGCCCAAGACAUGGCCCCUUGAAAAAGAAAAUUUUUACAAGUUUGAGAAAACCUUAUGACCAUUAUGUGGUUCCUCCCCAACUACAGCUGACUGCCUGGGAUGGACUCAACCCUUACCAGAUACUGCAAUACUACUUUGGUCAGGGGCGGAAAUGGCUCUUUGCUCCUGAUUGCUAUAUUCCUAACUCAGUGAUUCGUGCCCGUCUUUGGCCGGAGGGCAGCCCAAUAUACCUACAGUGCAACCUGCAUUCACCCUUACGGAGGUUGGAAUGGGAUAAAUCUCAACAAUUCUUCUGGCACAGUAGGGUAAGACAUAUACAUGAUGCACAUGAAUAUCCACAGGAAAAGGAAGACGAAGACUUCUUAGAAAGGAGAAUGUCCAAGGAUAAAACUUACAAUGUUCUUACAAACCGCAGCUGGCUGGGGAGAAAGAUGAGUGAAAUAGCUAUCAACACCCUGAUUGAGACAAUACUCAACAUUAUGAUAUUCUCUCCUCCUCCACUGAAGUACCAGUGCUGCAUCGGUGCACUGGGGCAGAUCUUUGCUUCUUACCAGGUGUCUCCACACUUGCGCUCUGAAACAGCCCACUGUCUGCUGGAUGAUACAACCAAUUCUAAUCCACAGAUCCGAGAGCUAGCCUGGGAAGGGCUGAAGCGUCUAGGAAUGAUCACUCAUCUCUUUGCCAUGCCUCUGGCCCAGGGGUUAAUGGACAAAGACCAAAGAGUGAGGAACAAGGCACUGAACCUCAUGGCUGACACUGGAAUCCUCUGUAAGACCUCACUCUUAAACUUGAUCCAGAACCGAGAGACUUUCCAGGAGAUGCAGCAGGAAAUGAUUGGGGAUGAAACCCUGGACACUUUGCUGGGGAUGCGUGCCACAGAUCUCCAAAUCCUUCAUACUCAAGUGGAGCAGCGAUUGAAUGAAGACCUGACCUUGUCACAUGGAGAUGAAAAGCCUGCUUUUUCUUUAGAUGUCUCAGGGUCAACGUCCUUUCUCAAGCAACCUGAUGUAAUUCCUGAAGAAUCUGACGUUGCCACCAAGCCCAGCAAAGGCCACAGACGGGGCCGAGCAGGGGUCAAAAAGCAUAGUAUGUAUGGGGUGAUCCAGUUCAUGCCUCACGCCCGAAAGAAGACGAAAGAGGCUGGCACAGAGCCAAGUCCCUUAGAGGGUGAAAGUGAUCAGAGUAAAACUGCACCAGUCGAGGUGGAGGAUACAGCCAUCCACUCUUGGUCUUCAACCAGCAGUGAACAACAUUCUCCAGAGAAAGAUGUCACAAAGGAUGUUGCAAUGUCCCUGAGGAUGCUAAGGAAAAUACAUGACAAAAGAGGAAAGAAAACAGUUCAGAAACCCACAAAGAGGUACAAGAAAAAGACAAAAGAAGCUGUAAUUGAACCUCUGCCUAGUGAAAAGAAAGAACCAGUUGUGAAGGUGAAAGUCAGAGAGCGGGGUGCCUUUGGAGCUCCUGGUCGCAGGGCUACCCCUGGAGAUGGCUCAUCGUGGCGGGAUGAUCUCUGUCGUCUUAUGACCCUGAGGAUAUCUGGUUCCAAAACAGAAAUGUUAGAAUCUCUAAAUGCUGAGUUAGUGGCCACGGCUCAGGAGGUGCUGGCAGAUAAGCGCCCCAGCUGGGACCUCUUUGAGAAGAUCUGUCCCCUUCUGAAGAAAGAAAGUGAGGUUCUGCUUGAGGACCUUGACUGGGAUGUAGCCUGGCCAGAGGAAAAACCAAUUUUUAUUCAUGAAGAAGCAGUUAGAGAGGACAUGGUGAUCAGGGACACUAAAGAGAUACCAGAGGGGGAGGGGAAAGUACAAAAGGAAGCAGGGUACAUACAGGACUUACAGGAAACCCAGGUGAUUCCCAAAAAGGGCAAAAAACAUAAAAUUAUUUUUUUAGAACCAAGUCACCUAAUCAAGGGAAAACAAACACUGAAGACAGAAGAGAAGGAAUCCUCUAAGAAGCCCUCUAAGCAAAAGAGGAAAGCAGUCCAUGAAGAAAUAAAAGUGGAUAAAGAAGAAAGGAAAGUGACAAGAAGAGAGAAGGAUGUGAGUCAGGAAGUGGGGAAAAUGGCCAAACUAGAGGAGAAAGUGGUUGAGCAAGAAGGAAGACCAGUUAUGGAUAAGAAGCUGUCUUUUCAGGAUUGGAAGAAGUCCUGGGAUCAGUGGAAAGAGGCCCACGGUGAGACAGUGAUAUCCUGGAAUGAAUGGAAGAGAGCCUGGGACAGGGGGCAUCUUGAGGAAGGGGAGAAACUGCAAAAGGACAAAGAGAAGCUAUUCCCAGAUGGGGAAAAGAGGAAGCUGGAUAGGGAUGAGGGGGCACAGAUCAGGGAGCAAAAGUUCAAGGAUGAAGAGAAAUUGACCCCGAAGAUAGAAGAAUUGUCUCAGGAGCAGGAAAAAGGAAAAAAAGAAGAGCUGGUGACAGAAGAAGAGCAGAGACAGAUCCAGAAAGAAUAUAAACAGGCCCAGGUUGAAAGGAAACAAGCCCAAGCUAAAAGAAAACAAGCCCAUGAAGAAAGGAAGCUGGCACAAGAAGAAGAGAAGCUGGCACAAGAAGAGAGAAAACUGGCUCAGGAAGAGAGGAAACUGGUGAGAGAUUACUGGAAACUGGCUCAGAGAGACAGGAAAAUGGCCCAGGCAGAGAGGAAGUUUAUCCAGAAAGAGGAAAAACUGACCCAAAGAGAGGUGCAGCUAAGCCAAGGAGCAGAGAAAUUGGCUCAGAAUAGGACAAAACUGGCCAAGAAACUGGAGAAACUGACUAGUGAAGAAGAGAAAAUAACAAAGAAAGGAGGGAAGCUAGCUGAAGUAAAAAGCAUAUUGGUCCAGAAAAUGGAGGAAGUGGUCCAGAAGGAGCAAGAUCUGGCACGGCAGGAAAAGGAACUAGCCCAGGAAUUAGAGGAGGUGAAAUGGGAAGAGGAGGAACUGGCUCGGAAAGAAGAGCAACUGAAUCAGGAAAAGGAGCUAGCUAAGGAAGAGGAGGGACUGGCUCAGGAGGAGAAGUCACUGGCCUCGAAAGAGAAGAAACUUGUUAAGGAAGGAAAAAAACUGGCCCAGGAAGAAGAGCGACUAAUCCAGCAAGAAAAUAAACUGGCCCAGUACAAGGAAUAUCUGCCUGAGGAAAAAGAAAGACUUGCCCAGAAAACAGGGCAAUUGAUGGAGAAUAAGGAAAAACUGUACCGGGAAAGGGAAAAUUUGUUCCAGAACAAGGUGGAACUUGCAAACAAGAAGAGGGCACUAGCCCGGAGGGGGAAGACUUUGGCACAGGAGAAGGAGAAGCUGGCUCAGGAGAAAGUAAAAUGGAGUCAAAGGAAAGAAAACUUGUACCAGCUCAAAGAAAACCUUGACCAGAAUAGAAAUAAAUUAGUGCCACUAAAGGAGAAACUGGACAUGUACAAGAAGAAAUUAUUUCAGGUAGAGGAGAAGCUGGUGGAGGAAAAGGAGGAACUGUUCCAGAAGAAUGAGAAGCUGGGUGAUGUAGGAAAAAAAGUGGCCCAAGUAGAGGAAAAUCUGGCUCAGAAACAGUACAGGCUAGCCCAGGACAAAAUGAAAUUAGUUAUGGAGCAGAGGGCACUGCUUGAAAAACUGAAACUGCUCACUAGAGAAGAUGAUAUUACUACGACAGAAAAGGCAUUGGACAUGGAAAUGAAGAAACUGGCCCAGGAGAAGGUGAGACUGGAUAAGGAAAAGAAAGAGAUUCAAGAAACCUCAACACAGAAGAAACUGAGUAAGAAUGAACUAGAACUAAUUAAGAGGAAAUUGUCACUAGAGGAGAAGAUACUGACACAUGAAGAUAGGAUAUUGGCCACAAAGCAAAAGGACAUUGUCAAAGGAAAAUUAGAGCUUUCUAGAGGAGAGAGAGUAUAUGCCCAGGAAGAAAGGAAGCUAUCCAAACUAGUAAGGAAGGUGGUUAAAGGAAACAUUUUCAAGGAUCUAUCAAAAGUGAGCAGAAAUAUCAUAAAGAGAUUUCAAAGCUUUAUCCAAAAAGAAAGGAAACUAGCCCAGGAAAAAAUAUACAUGACAGAGAUAAAGAGGUCAUUCUUGAUUAAGGAAAGAAGACUGAGCAAAGAACAAAAUGAACUUGAUGCCAAAAAGUGGGAUGUUUCUGAGGAACAAUCAGAAAUUGCCAAAGAUGAAGAGAAACUGGCUCAUAAACAGAGAAAACUGGCCAAGGAAAUGGGAAUAAUGAUAAAGAAAGAGGAAAAAUUAACUCAGGAAGAAAGCAGAUUGGCCAGGCAACAGAAAGAAGUCAUACAGGAAGAAGAGGAGGAAGCAGCAACAGAGGAGGAAGCAGAAACAUCAUUCCUUACAAGAAAAAGAAAAGCAAAGAGAGCCGAACUGCCACAGGAUGAAGUGCCCAGUCAGGGGGCUGAGGUGGAAAGUGAAGAGAGCUUUUCUAGAGAAAUAGAAACCCUGAUAGAUGAAGUAGAGAAAGAGAGUUUGUCUGAGGAAGAGGAAGACAAGGAGGGAGACGAAAAGGAGGAGGAAGAGGAGGAGGAAGAGAAGAAGAUGGAAGAGGAGGAGGAGGAAGUGUUUGAGAAGGAUGAAAGCAUGAGUGAUGAGGAGCUAGAAAGUCUGAGUGAGAAAGAAGAGGAGGAAGAGGAGCAAAGUUCAUUGGAAGAAAAGGUAGACAAGGAAGAAGAGAUCUUUAAAGAAGAAGAACUAUUUAAGUUACCAGAAGAAAGAGGAACGGAUCUAGGAGGAAGAGAAACAGUCCCUCCUAUUAGAAAAAGAAUCUCUGGGGUCAAAGGCAGUGAUAUAAACCUGGAAAUUCUGGAAAGCCCUUCCAAGAAACUGAUCUCAGUUGCUCUAGGGAGGGAAGAGACUAUACCAGUGCCAGUGUCUAAGAAACAAAUAUCCUGGAAAGAUAAGGCCACAGAACUUGAGUCACCCAGGAUAUUCCCAGAGACAAGGUUUAUGGAUAAACAAGAACUGUUGAAGAAAUAUCAGCCCAUUCCUCUACAAGUUUUGGAUAUAGUUUUGGGGUCCCAAAGGCCAGAUUUAAAGACCCCAUAUUUAUCCCACAUAUUGAGGAAGACCACGGAAGCUCAGAAAUUCCAAGGCAAACCACUAGGGGACAGGUGGCAGUGGCUUUCGAAGCGUCAUCCGUCUCUGAAGGGACAGACUAAGGUACAAUUACCUGUGCCCCAAAUCCUGUCUGAGGAAAUAUAUGCAGAUGUAAGCCUCUCAGAUAUAGAGUGGAUUCACCAUGUCCUAGAACGGACAGAGGCGGGAGAACAGCUUUCCAGAGACAGUUUCCACAGAUUGUGCCAGCUUUUCAAAGACCUCACCUCAAAGGGAACCUUAGAGUGGAUGCAUAUAGCCAAACUUGAAGCUAUCACUUACCGUCACAGGCAGGUCCUGGAAUCACAAAGCACACGUAUCUCGAAACCCAGUAAGAAGUCCAUUGGUCCAAAAUACCUGAAAGUGAUCCCUCCUAUAAAAAGAAAGGAAAAGGAAAGCCAUCUAAAACCUUUGGCUUUCUCCACACCAAGGUGCUCAUUAGCUGCCGGAAGGAUUCCGGACCCAAAGACUAUAAAUUGGCAUCUUUUAGAAGAGCCUUACAGGAAUUUGUGGGCAGAGCAGAUAUCAAGUGCCCUCAGGGAAAUGGAGAGGCAACACAUUUAUCCUGCCACAAGAGACAUUUUCACAGGUGCCCAUGCCUCUGUGGAAAAACAGACCCUAGCACUGAUGUUUCAAAGGGACUUCUGGGCUUUUAAGGAUAAGGGCAGGUUUCCCAGAUUACCCAAGGUGGAAAAAAAGGCAAAGCCCACCUCUAAAAAACAGGAAGAGGUGCCUCUAUGGGAGACAUUUGUGGCACUGUACCAUGUUUUACGGAUGUUGCAGGAGCGAUAUGCAGAAGACAGUGCUGCUUGGGUAGAACAGUUCUACCAACUCAUGGACCUGUACCAAGUCAAGUCCCCUGGAAUCCAGAGAUUGCUACAGGAGCUGCUACUGAGAGAGAGACCCCAAUCCCAUAAGAUCAUCUACAAAGAGGCCCUAAAGGCCAUGGACCUAGUUCCUGGGGAGCGGUUGUUCUACCACCUGUUUUGUGGUCACUCUCACAUCCCUAGAGGUCCUCUGGAGUUCCAGGAGGUGAUGGCCCUCUCAGGGCAGAACAAUGUGCGUACCAUGCUUCCCAUGGGAAUCGCCCAUUAUGGCAUCUUAGAACUUGCCUGGAAGAGCCUGCCCCAAGCUGAUAUUCACCUCACCAAGGAAUUGUCCCACAUCAUUGCUCCUACUCUCUAACUUGGGAGUGACUGGAGGUCAGGACUUUUCAUUCCCACCUGGAGAAAGGCCUUGCCACUAGAUCUAGACCUUUAUUCCUAGGGCCUAUACAGAGGUAGGGCAGGCCAAAGCCCUUUCCCUACCCAGCUCCAGAAGCAAGCUUCUAUAUGUGGAAUAAAGAGGAGGUUCUCAUCCAACAAGCUCUGUGAUGUGUCCCUUUUCCUCAAAUGUUGCUUCUCCAGAAAGAUAGCCAGGGAGACCAGAU